AAUGUAAAGAGUGGGAAUCGAGUCCAAUAUAUCUGAAUGCUGAAAGCCAAAUACAAACAGAAUAUGAAAGUAAAUUUCUUAUAGAAGGCAUUAAAUUCAUUUGGGAUUCUGAAAACAUUGAAUUUAUUUGGGAUUCUACGGAAAAAGAGAAAUAA